GUCCCUCACACGAGGGUGAACACAAGGAGGACGCGCCCCCCGUGUACAUGAAAGUCAUCCAGCUCCAGGAGAAAGCGCUGGGUCCUGAACACCCGGUGUUUGGACGAUGCCUUAAAAGCUCGGCGGAUGACUUAGCAGCAGCGUUGAAAUACGACGAGGCGGACGCCCUGUACCUGAGAGCUACAGAAGUCCUGGAGAAAGCGUUUGGCCCCGACCACCCAGAGGUUGCCAGGGUCCUCAACAACCGGGGGAACGUGGCAGCAGCGCAGGGCAAGCAUGAGGAGGCGGCCCCCUUAUGCAAGAGGGCCAUCGAGAUCCUGGAGAACGCCUUCGGCCCUGACGACCUGGAGCUUGCAUCAACCCUCAUGAACCAGGGGGAUGUGCUACGGGAACAGGGCAAGCAUGAGGAGGCGGACUCCCUGCACCAGAGAGCUACCGCCAUCCAGGAGAAAUCGGUUGGCUCCGACGACCCUACGCUUGCUGAAACCCUUAACGACCAGGCGAACGCGCUGCAAGCACAGGGCAAGUACGAGGAGGCGGGGGGUUUGUACCUGAGAGCUGUCGAGAUCCUGGAGAAAGCGCUUGGCUCCGACCACCCGAAAGUUGCCCAAAGCCUGAGCAACUGGGGGAUCAUGUUAGACACGCAGGGCAAGUACGAGGAGGCGGGCGCCUUGUACCUGAGAGCUAUAGCCAUCGAGGAGAAAGCGCUUGGCCCAGACCACCCGACUCUUGCUAAAAACAUCAACAACCGGGCGAAUACGUUACAAGAACAAGUACGAGUAUUUUCCUGGGGCAAGUACGGAGAGGCGGACCCGCUGUACAAGAGAGCAAUCGACAUCAACGAGAAAGCGCUCGGCCCCGAGCACCCAGAGGUUGUUAGAAGCCUGAACAACCGGGUGACGGGGCUGGAAGCACAGGGACACUACGAAGAGGCGGAUGCCCUCCGCGUGCGCGUAAUCGAGAUCGAGGAGAAAGAGCUCGGCUCCGACAACCCGAAGCUCCCUAGAACCCUAAAUAACCGGGCGAGAUCGUUGCAAGCACGGGGCAAGUACGAGGAGGCGGACGCCUUGUACCGGAGAGCUGUCGAUAUCUACGACAAUGCGCCUGGUCCUGACAACCGUGAGGUUACCAUAGCCCUGAACAACUGGGGCCUCAUGUUACAAGCACAGGGCAAGUACGAGGAGGCGGACUCCUUGUACCUGAGGGCCAUCAACAUCUCUGAGAAAUUGCUCGGCCCGGACGACCUGGAGGUGGCCAAGUCCAUCAACACCCGGGCAUAUGCCGCGUGUUUGCUGCGCGCCAUGGAUACCCCCAUGCAGGACAAGCACGAGGAGGCGGACGCCUUGUACCUGAGGGCCUUCGAGGUCAGGGAGAAAGCACUCGGUCCCGACGACCCUAGUCUUGCUGAAUGCCUGAACAACCGGGUAUUCGCAUUGCUUGCACAGGGGAAUCACGCCGAGGCGAAGCCGCUCUUGGAGCGAGCCCUAGCCAUUCGGCGGAACGCGCUCGGGGACGAGCACGAGGAUACGAUAUCCUCUUCGAAAGCGCUGAAGGCAUUGAAUGCCAGCCAGGGAUAAGGGAGUAUAAGUGGAUUGUCGGCCACGGCCGUCAACGAACGCACCGCACCUGCGCAAGCAAGCGCUGGUGACCGGGGCCACCUGCGCAGUAAAACGUUGGCUCUUGGGCCCUACGAUGACAUUCUAGAGUGUCAAGCGUUCUCUGAUGAACGCGUUCGCACUACAGAAGAUCAUUGGCGUCUGAGAGCACCUUCCCGCACAGCGACACCACGGCAAAGCAAUCACAGAGUCCGGGUGCUCUUUAUGAGUUGAUGAGAAUACUUUCAAGCAUGCGCCAGGGAGCAAAAUAGAAUGGGAUCUUGUGGUGCGUUGGCUGUUUUGUUGGGGGGGGUACCAGGGGGUUAGUCCGGGUGCUCUUUAUGAGUUGAUGAGAAUACGUUCAAGCAUGCGCCAGGGAGCAAAAUAGAAUGGGAUCUUGUGGUCCGUUGGCUGUUUUUUUUGGGGGGGUACCAGGGGGUUGAAGUGAACAAGUAUUGGGUGGGGACCUCAACAAUGGUCGCGAUAUCGUCAUGAGCUUCCUCCUGGUUUGGCUGGAAGGCAAGGAGGAGGCGUGGAUGCUUGAAUGAUAUCUCUUUCCCUGCGUUUUCUGGUUUAUUCUGCGUGUGUGCCGCUGUCUGUGUUCGAGCGUGCAUGGUGUACAUGGCAGUCUAAAUAGCCCUACGGCGAGUGAUGCUGAUUCCGAGCGUUCUCUGCUGGAGCCGAUUCUUCUCACGGAGGCGGUCUGUCUUUCGCGAUGAGCCAUUGCAUAGUAGCGCAAAGGCGGCAAGCCUAUCGAGUGGUUCGGGGUGCCUGGAAGGCCAAGCCUGCUGCUUGUUGCUGCCGUUCGUUGCAAUCGAGUAUAUUUUUUUCUACGUGUCUAGAAACAGAAUGCACGUGGACAUGUAUCCUUCCUGGUAGACUAUGAUGUUUGUUGUGGUGUGUUAGGCUGGGACGCAACCUGAAUGAGGAGCUUCAAAGCAGAAAUCGCUGAACCCCUCCUAGGAGCACAGCGGGCUAGAGCUCGACGAAGGCCCGGUAUUUGCAUCCACCGGAGUGUGCGUUUAUCUGCAAGUACGAAAAGUUUUGUGUUGGAUUUGCUUUUUUUCUGCCGCGCUUCUCGUGUCGUAGAGCUUUCAAUUGGUCGCGCUUGCGUGAGGUGAGGGUAUCAACCACAUUACCCUUGUCAGGAGCCAGGUACUCCGCGUGACUCAAGCGAAGUCUGACAGCAACCUCCCACGCGGGAGAGAUCAAGAUUGAGCCCGCUGUCCUCUAUUUGAGCUCAGAACGACCAUUACCGCACAUCAGAGGGAGGAAGGACGGAGGCCAGAGGCUUUUUUCGGGCCCUAUGCGGCAUUUUUUUUUUGGUUGUGAUGCGGCCAUGAUUAACUCGGCUGAGCGUGUCCCCGGGCCUCUCGCUGUUUGCCUCUCGUUGUGGCCGAGCGGAAGUGCGUCGUGAUUGUCAUCCUACUCAACAAUGCUUGGGUAACAGCAAAUUUCUGCUUCAAACGAAUGAUGAUCUACAAAAUUGUCCUUAGGAACCCUACACUCGAAUGUUAGGCUCUCGGCGUGGGGGGUAAGGGAGAUGUGGGUUUAAUAGCCAUGUUUUCUUAUUGCUACCGUUUCAAUUGCUCGGGUUUCUCUGCUGGUGGGGGGGCUGUAUUCUACCUGUAGUCGACAUGUUGUGCAGAGAUUAUCAAAGGCCGCAUUGUAAGCAGAUUAGCCGCGGACCGGCGAUAGAUAGGGCAAGAGGCGCACGCCAAUGGCGUAUCGUUCAUUCGAUCGAGGGUGCUACAUAGUGCGUCGCAUUCGAGCACGCUGUGUGAUCGAUAGCACAUGUCUUGUUGGCGAUACGUGGUGAAAGGGACGUGCCACCCUACUUCGACAUUUUUUUAGUCGACGGCCCCCCCUUGACAGAUGCUACAGUGUACUACGUGGUUUGCGAACCCUCCGCACUCGUCCAGCUUGUAGCACGCAACCUACUGUUCGCACACAUCUUCGGAGAUGUCCGAUUGUCUUGAGACCUUUGUUUUCGUAUCUUUUUACUCCUAUAUAUUUACUAGUUUUAUGUAUAUAUUUUUUCCGUUGUUCGCGAGUGUGGGUUGUUUCAGGUCCUUUCCUGCCUGGUCUUCGCAUGUCUAUACGCGGUCUAUCCCCUUUUGACUCAAACUCGGGGAGGGAUAAUGGUUUGCGAUGCCCUACCGAACCACCUUAGGCGCGACAAGAUUUGCACUGUAGUUCGAGAUCGGCAUUUGAGACCGGGUCGGGCCAGGGUGGGGCUAUGCGAAUGAAAAUGACACGGACAGAAAAAGUGA